UGUCACGUUGAGCACGUGAUAGGUCCGUGGAAAAGCUCGCCAGCAGAGCGCCCUGGGAUUACGUCACACUAUUGCGCUAGAAUGCAGAAUUGUGGCGACGACUUGGCUGGCCCUGAGGGCCUGGGCCGGAGUAACAAUAUCGAGCGGUGAUCACAGUGUAAACAAGAACCAAACAUGCCUAAUAAUGCUAGAGAAAAGAUUUCAGCCUUUUCCCUGGGAGUUGCUUUUGGGAUUGUCAUCGUCACGGUGUUAAAUCGCUUCAACGAAGAGAAAGCUAUACACAAACAUUUAUUUCCGGAAGAAAAUUAUACAUUCGACGAUAUCACGCGUCAACUUAUUCACAGGGACAGUAACAAGUUUAUAGUCGAGUCACCUGUGGAUUUUGAUGCCGAUAUGAAAGACCAUCACCACCAUCUUUUUCUGAACAAAAAGGCUGAAGAGGAACAGAAAAGAAUACGGAUUUUAUGCUGGGUAAUGACAAGUCCUAAAACGUUGCCCAUCAAAGGCAAACCGGUGAAGGAAACUUGGGGAAAACGGUGCACCCUUCUUUUGUUCAUGAGCUCUCAAGCGGACCCAAGCUUUCCUGCGAUUGGACUUGAUGUUAAAGAAGGUCGUGAAAACUUGUGGUCAAAAACCCGUGCAGCUUGGGAUUACAUUUACGAUCACCACCUUGACGACGCGGACUGGUUUAUUAAAGCAGACGAUGAUACCUUUGUGGUCAUUGAAAAUCUUCGCCAUCUGGUCUCAAAACUAAACCCUGAAGAACCUCACUACCUGGGGAGGCAUUUCAAGCCGUUUUUUAACAGCGGAGGAGCUGGUUAUGUGUUCAGUCGAGAAACGGUUCGGAGAUUUCAGAAAGCACUGGGGGAUACCUCAGUUUGUAAACCGGAAGGCUCUGCGGAGGAUGUAGAAGUUGGAAAAUGUCUGCAUGCAAUGGGUGUCAAACCUGAUUACACCAGGGACCCCAGCGGACGAGAAACAUUCAUGCCGCUUCCCCCGGAACAUCACCUAAUUCCCGGAUAUCUUCCCAAAGAUUUUUGGCUUUGGUCAAUGGAUGAAAAUCCAUAUAAAGAAGGACCCGAGUGUUGUUCUGAUCAUGCCGUGACAUUCCACUAUAUCAAACCAAACUAUAUGUAUGUGUUGGAGUACUUUGUGUAUCAUCUCAGGCCGUAUGGAAUAAUUCAUGAUGACCUCUCUUCAUCUGUUGAAAAUUCUGAGGAAACCAAAGGAAUUAUUUAAAACUGAAUAAACUUGGACUUAGCCGUAGCAAGCGCUCCGGUACGUACGAGCGGAACGAAAUCAGGCCGCGCGAAUGAGCCUUUUCGCAUUCAAGCCACGCAAAAAAUGGGGCGAGAGCAAUUCGGGCCGCGCGAAUAGUGAUGAGCCGAGCAAAAAGAUCGAAGAAGUGGGGGUGGGGGUGGGGAAUAAGGUGGCUCAAUGGGCUAAAUAUGGCUCCUGAUAUUACUAAAAGUAUCAUAAUUUUGAAAAUCCUUUUCUUGGCUUAUAGGCAUUGCAUGCCUAAGUAAACUCUUUCUUGAUAUUUUUCGUCUCCUCCUAUCUGAUAAUAUUUAUGUAGUUUUCACAUGCACAGCAGUGAAUUAAUAAGUUUUUUAUGGUUACCAUGGAAACAGUAUUGUUUACGCUUCACUUACCGUUAGUCGACAAUUGUUGAAAAACUGAUGAGCACAAGUAUAGGACAAAGCUACAAGUUUCAAAUAAUUAAUAACUCAGUCUGUGCGAUUUUGUAUGUGACUAAAUCAACGCUUGCAAUCUUAUGCUAACAGGAGCCAUAAUCGGGAAUGGAGACCGUAAGCGCGCGCCAUUUCUAGUAUUGGGAUAUUAUAUGAGUUCGAUGUAAGGCUGUUGCCCACAGUGUAGCUAGAGCGGCAAAUCAGAUCAUCAAGACUCACGAGAAGAAGCUAAAAAACCCCGCAAGGAAUUCUGUUCUGCCUUUCACUUCAAGGGAAGUUGUUACAAACCUGUCUUCGUUUGUUCUCACCGCAGAGCAGCUAGAUGCGCUCAAAUUUGGACUGACACACUCAAUAUGUCCACCAUCGAUUAACAAGACUGACAUCUUCACGUGCUUUGAACUGAUUAGUCAAAGAAUGACCAGAAAUCUCAAAGACAGCAAGGACACUGGAAAACUAGUUGCGGAACUGUCUCACCUGGCUCACACUUACGUGUCCGCAUAUCGUCCCACAACGACUGAGCUCAAAAAGCACGGAUUUCUCAAAAAACUUACGAAAGAACAAGGACAUUGUAAUUUUGCAACCAGACAAAGGAAACGGCGUAGUAGUUUUAGAUAGAACUGCGUAUGAUAGAGGUAUUUUAAAAAUAAUCAAUGAUA